AUGUCUAACUUGCUUGGUAGCUAUUCCGACUUACACGGACCGAUGCCGUCGCCGAAUGGCGCCAACAAGUCCUCUGCGAAGAAGACCCCGGAGAAGAAGGGACAGGAACUCGGGCAGAGGCUAGCCAAGAGGAGGUCGCAAGACUUCACCUCCAAGGUUCAGGGCUGGAGUGCUGCGGUUGCGCAGCAGCAUAAUGAGGUCGUGGUGGUGCAAGACAGAAGUGAGGUGUCGUCCAAGAAGAAAGAGGUUGUUGAGGUUGUAGUGGAGUCGACUGUGCAUAUCGAAGAUGACGCUGUUGCAGACGAGGUGGAGAUUGAAGGUGAGGCGCCCACUACGCCGGCACACCUGGACGAAAACGGCAAGCCUUCACCAAAAGUGGUCGUGUCGGCGCAUACUUCUCGAGAGGUAGAUCUGGAGCGCAAGGCAUGGAUAAGACGGAAAAGUAAACCACAAGUCGAAGUGGCACUCGAUUUGAAGCAUGCCGGUCUCCCGAAGAAGCGUGUCGUUAGUGACGGCCACUGGCGUAAGGACCGGACAGCAAAGCAGGCGGCAGCUUCGACUCCAGAAAAGGAAACGACGCCGAAACCUACUGUGAUCAGACGGAGCGUUGUGAAUGUAGGUCUCAAGGUCCCACCGUAUGUGCAAGCCUUUGUCGAGGAGGAGCGUGCACCAACUAAGGUCCGACCUCUGCGGGGGUCACACUCGCCAUCACGAGAGCGCGAGCGGGAAGGCACGCCAGACUAUGAAGACAGUGGUGUGAAGGUUUACAUCAAGCGGAGGAAGCGAUCUCAAACCACUUCUGAUCCGAGUGCGUCACAAAGUAGUCUCACAGCUGGUUCGUCCGUGGAGAAAAGGACUGUCUCGACAGCAAAUACGACUCCUCCGCACUCGCCUACAAAGAGGACACCGCCACGACCUUCGACUGCACCAAAGGAGCGACAGUCUCGAGUCAAGGAUGUUGAGCCGGAGCAGCGCCGGCCCAGCAGAUCCAAGUCGAAGCCAGAUCUGAAGCCGAAAGCUGAGGUCAAGCCCACUGACAAGGUAGCGAAUCGACUAGCAGCUCCGAUUGCCCCCGGAGUGUACAACAAGCGUAUCGAUGGUUGGCUCGCGACGACAUCAGAUCCUUUCGUAGAGUCGCGCGACGCAUCUCUGACACCCGAACCACUCGAUGUGCAACGGAAGCAAACAAGAAGGUCAGGAGAGGCGCCACACGACAACUCGGAUGAUGAGCAUCGCCGAAGCAGUGGUAGACGGCGCGCAUCGCGGCAAGACCUCGGCUUUGCAACGGCUCGCCACCGCGACGAUGAUGAGGCGCCAUCUCCUUCUGCGACGCCAACUUUACGGAGAGCGGGUGCGCGUCGUUCAACUCAUUCGCCAGUUAAGGAUCGGCCAGCACGAGAACGAAGUCCGCACGGUCGAGCACUCUCAACAAUUGCUUCCGCUGAAACGCUGCGACCAUUAGGCAUCUUGGAAGGAUCCGUCUUGUCACGGGCUAGUGACGGUGACGAGCCAGGCCUCCAACGUCGCUUGACGAAGCAUUCAGACCUCAUCUCUGUACUCUCUCGUGCGCGUGGUGAAGGCGGCCGUCGCAAGUCAACACGAAGUGUCCGACGACGACCAUUGUCGAAUGAUGCGACCUUGCAAGACUUGAUGAACGAGCUUACCACGGAUGAGCUCAAAUACCAGCGAGAGCUGCGCACGCUCGUAGACGGGGUGAUCCCAGUACUUCUGACCUAUGUUCUACAGAAGACUGACGCGACAGGAGCUAAGCGUUUGUUCUCUGGCUCUUCACCAGAUGGGCAAGCGGUCACUCGUCCCAUAGUAGAGAUGGGUGUUGCGCUGGAGAAGCUGAAGCUCGCGCAUAAACGCAUACCCUUGCACGAUCCUCACGAGCUUGUGAAGUGGGCCGAGAACGCAUUCAACAAAUAUGCCGAAUACCUGAAGGCGUGGAGACUUGGCUUCCAGGAUGUUGUGGUCAACCUUGCGCCAGCUGACAAGGACGAGCCAUCGCCGCGGAAACCCAAGGAUGGCCUUGCGGCAAAGGACGGCGAAAAGGCGGAUGUGCAAUAUCUGCUCAAACGCCCUCUGGUGCGUCUGAAGUAUCUUACGAAGACCUUUAGGAGCAUACAAAAUCUCGAGCAAUCGCCAGCUGCCGAGAGCAUCGCUGAGAAGUAUCACACAUUGGUCGAAGAAGCUCGCCGAAGAGCAAGCGAUGAGCGAGCACGACUUGAAGACGAGGCAGCCGCAAAUAUCGACCCUAGCAGAGCCCGAGAUCCUCGCACAUUAGCACCACUAGCAGAAGUCUUCAUCGAUCCUACCAGGACCGUCCGAGCACGAGACUACUUCGACCUGGAGGUAUUCCACUCGACUGGACAGCAGCUGACAUGCAAGAUUGAGUUAGUCAUGCGCGACGACCUACCACAUCGUGGUUCCUUGAGCGAUAUGCUAUUUUGCGAUGUGUCCUUGGCUGGUCGAUGGCUGCUGUACCCACCUAUACCAGCUGCUUUCCUCUCCGCGCGUGCUGGCGAUAAGGAUGGUGAGAUCAUCGUGAUGAUCAGAGGAACUCUUUCUGGAGGCGGCGAAUGGCGCGAGCUGUUGUCUCUGAGGUCACAAGAUGACGGGGCCGUUGAUGACUGGCUGGGCCUGCUUCGAAGUGAUCCCGCGCCACCACGUUUGAUGCGGCAAUCGAGCUUCAAUGCGCUACGGGCGUCGUAUCAUAAAGCAGCGGCUCGUGCGCCAUCUCCUAGUGAAGUGGACGCUCCUAUCGGUGAGCGUGUGUCCAAAGGCGCUCAGAAAUGGGACGCCAGCGAUGUCAUGAGCGUAGUGGACGACCUCGCGCCGUCGGCUACCUUGCGCCGGACGAAAGCAACAAGACACCGAAGUGCAGCAUCGCCCACCGAGACGGCGGACACAUAUGAGCAGGUACACACUAGGGCGAAUCGGAUUGCUGAGCAGCAACAAUACGACGAAACCCCACGAUCAAGGUACCACCAACGGUCUAAGUCAAGCUACUUCUCACAGAAGUCAGAGUGGUCGGCGCCAUCGGAAGUAUCUACUCCAAGCAAGGACUACAGCGUCUGGAUGCCUUCCACAGAUCGUGGGUCGAAUUCUUCUGGAUCCGAUGAUGAACGUGACGAGCCGAUAUCGUCCAAGCGGCCCAGCCUGCACAAGCGUACAUCCUCCACGCCCUCGAUGGACAUGCCAACCAUUCGCAAACUCCGCAAGGCUCCACCAAGCACACCGCAAAAGCCAACCGAGCAUCAUCGUUCACGGUCUGAGCACGAGACAUAUCACGAAGAACCACGGUCAGCACCCUCGAAAUUGCAGAAGCGGCAGACAACACCGCCAGAAGAGACGUCAAAGCCGAAGGACAAGACUCCAGCCCAAAGGCCGACUUCCAUUGGCCUGAGAUCUGGUAUUCUCCCGUCCUUCACGCCAAACUUCCUCAAGAAGCAUCGUCGUGCCUCCUCGCCACUCAAGCAUGAAUACGCGCCGUCGACAGCCUCGGAGUCGCUAAGUGACAGCGACUUCUCCGACCACGACGAUGUUGAGUCCAUCACUUCUGAGUCAUCUGCUGAGGAGCAAGCAGUCUCUACGAUCGGCGAGCUCAGGGACUUCCGUAACAUGCAAUACGUGAAGCCUUCAAGACAACAAGCGCCAAAGCAGCCUACGCCACCCACAUCAGAGUUCUCUGGCAGUGGUGGAUCGCUACGACCAUCGGAGUCAGCUUCGCAAGGCCCAUAUAGGACGAUACCGCCAGCUAUCUCACAGUCGCUGAAGACCGUAGCCAGUAUCUUCGCCUGGUCCGAGAAAGGGACGUGGGAUAGCCUGCACCCGCAAGAAUGCUGCAUAAUCGUCACACCCGGUCUAAUCGAAGCCUUUGACCUCGCACAGGCCGGCGCAGUGCUUUCCAGCCCGUCGUCUACCGACAUCGUCAGCCCGUCUCAAAAGGGUGUGAAGCCACUCAUCGCGCUCGAACUGACACCGCUUGUGCCACUCCGCCGCGGCACAGCCCUGGACAUCUCCAUCCGCUCUCCACCGACCCCAAAUUCCGUCAUGCGAGCUUCCAACAACUUGAUGUUCCGGUCCCAGAGCAGCGAAGACUGCGAGAAACUCUACCACCUCAUCAAUCGCGCUCGGAUAGACAAUCCAACUUACAUCGCCCUGCAGCAAGCACGGGGACCUGUUCCAACAAGUAAUUGGGCAGAGGUCAUGGACAGACGUAACGCCGCUCGCACCGCCAGCAGCUCCUGGUUACGUCUUGGAAGUAAGAAAAGCAGUACAUACCGCUCUACCGCCGACGGCCGACCUCGUGCCGUCUCUACUGCAGCAACGGAAUCAAGUCUCGGAACAGUGAACUCCGCCUUCUCCGCCCUCCGACGCUUCAGCGGCAGUAAGAGCGUCUUCAACAUCGCCAAAUCGACCUUGACAUCCCGCGAGGGAACGAGGAGUACAUACUCCGACUCCCUCGACUCCGGCGGCGCGCGAACACCCACGAUGCACUUCGAUCGAAGUAUGGGCACACCUCUCGGCAUCAACAACACGAAAAUCCGUCUCUACGUCCGCGAAUCAAUGCAGAAAUGGCGAGACAUGGGCUCAGCGCGCUUAUCCGUCCUCCUGCCUCCACGUCCACAAGGUUCACUAAACCCGGCAAUUAGUGGGAUGGAGAAACGGAUCCUGAUCUGCGGCAAGAGUAAAGGCGAGACAUUGCUAGAUGUCAUCUUACCUGAAGGCGCCUUUGAACGGGUGGCGAGGACGGGGAUUGCGGUUUCCGUGUGGGAGGAGAGUGUGGCGGCGGAUGGGAGGGCGGUGGUGGCUGAUACGGGGGGUGUGAGUAAUGCGCGGACGAGGAUUUAUAUGAUGCAGAUGAAAUCGGAACGAGAAGCCGUAUACACCUUCGGCCUGGUGGGCAAAUUUAGAUACUAA